AUGGCUUCCAAGACACUGCUUCUCGUCUGCUUCACGCUACUCGCAGUGACAUCCGCCUUCGCGCAGCGCGGCCCGCCUGGCGGAGGCCCACCCGGCGGUCAGGGCCCACCAGGGGGUCCGCGCAGCGGAGGCCCUGGAGGGCGCGGCGGACCUGGCGGCGGCCCUGGUGAGGAGCCGCGCGGUCCUCCGCUGAACCUGACGCUCGUCGGCAAUCUGACGGCCGACGUUGGCGCGCAGUUGAAAAACUGCUCCGCGGACCCGACCUUCGUUGAUGGCCGCUUCCACCUCACCGUCUUCAAGAACUCCACGGGCAACUACAACCUCCUCGUCGACGCGCUUCUCGUCGGAGGGGACGCCGCCGCCGGCCUGCCCGACUCGAUCGCGAUCGUGCAGGGCGCCGUGUGCGACUCGGCCGCGUCCGCCGCCGCCGUGCUCUCGCUGCCCUUCGCCGCCUCCGAUUGGCUGCAGCGCGCCGGCUGGUGGCUGCUGCACGCGGAGGCGCGCCUCGACGCGUUCCUCGAGAACGCCGACGCGACCACCGUCGACGCGCUGCUCGCGCUCCUCCCCAACGCGUCGCUCCCGCGCAGCAACGGCGGCGGGCGCAACGGUGGAGGCAGUUCCGGGGGCGCAGGGGGCGCGGGAGGCGCGCGGAACGGGCAGGGCAGCAGGCGCUUGGGGCUGGACGUGGGGAGGGUGGGGAGGAUGCUGAUGCGCGCAAUGGCCCGCAGCCCCGCCAAGCAGGGUGGGCAGCAGCAGGGCGGGCAGCAGCAGGGCGGGCAACAGCAGGGGGGUAACGGAGUGAACAGCACGGUGAGCGGAUAUGCUGUGCUGGCUGGGAACAGCGCGUCGAGCGUCAUCUGGGGCGGGCAGCUCCUGGGAGUCAAAGCCCCCUCUGCUGCUGCUGCAGCGUAA